UCAAUCAACUUGUUUGGUUACAGGUCCAUUAAUAAUUUGUGUUUUUUAAACUUGAAGUUCUAUUUUUUUCUAACAGUGUGAUAAUAACGGAAUAUUAAAUGGAAAAUGCACAGAAUGGUGAUAACAAAAAUAAAGUACCGCUCUUUGGCGCACGUCAUGUGCAAUGUAUUCUAAUGUUUUUUGGAGUUUCUGCUGCAUUCGCGCAACGCGUAAAUCUCUCGGUAGCGAUAGUAGCAAUGAUGGAUAAGAGUUCCGCAAACCCCGAUUUUGAGGAUUACCAAUGGUCUGAGAAGACCAAAUCCUACCUUCUCAGCAGUUUCUUUUGGGGUUACUUUGUGACACAAAUACCGGGCAGUCAGUUGGCGCGUAGAUUUGGUGGUAAAAUAACGUUACUCCUUAGUGUAGUAAUAAGUGCACUUUUGGCUUUACUCACGCCGCUGAGCGUACGUUGGGGCGGUUGGCAACUGCUCUUUGGGCUGCGUUUGUGUCAAGGUCUCAUACAGGGUAGCACGUUUGCAUCUGUACACACACUGCUCUCCAAAUGGAUACUGGCCGAGGAGCGCAGCUCACUUGGCACCUUCUCCUAUAGCGGACUGGCCUUCGGUAGCGUGCUGAUGAUGUUGGUUAGCGGUUGGAUUGCCUCCUCCGCAUUAGGUUGGCCGGGUAUAUUCUAUUUUGCUGGCUUAUUCAGCAUAAUAUGGGGUUUCGUCUGGUACUUUUAUGGCGCUAAUACACCUCGUGAGUGCAAAUGGAUGAGUGAGGCAGAACGUUUGUAUAUUGAGGGCGCAAUGGUGACAACGUCAAAAUCGGAGCCUCUCUAUGCAACCAUGAAGACACCAUGGUUGAAGAUAUUCACGUCUGUGCCUUUCUUGGUUUUAUUGCUGGCGCAGUGCGCCUACGCUUGGGGCUUUUGGACAAUGAUAACAGAAAUCCCGUCAUAUAUGAAGAACAUACUGAAACAAGAUAUCCAGAGCAAUGCUCUCAUGUCCUCAGCACCUUAUCUGGCUUAUAUCUUGCUGACAUUCGUAUUUUGUGUUAUAUCGAGCUUUCUGAUUAAACGUGGCUACACCAGUUUUAAUGUCAGUCGUAAACUGUUCAACACUAUCGGAUAUUGGGUGCCCAUAGUACCGCUCAUACUGCUCGGCUAUAUGCGCGCCGAUCAGAGUGAGUUGGCGCUGGUUUUGCUGGUGAUUGCUGUUGGUGUGAAUACAGCCGGAAAUUUGGGUUUUCUCAUCAAUCAUAUCGAUUUAUCACCCAAUUUUGCUGGUGUCCUUAUGGGCAUAGCGAAUGCCGCGGCAAAUGUUAUGAGCUUCAUUGCCCCACUGACGGUGGGCGUUAUUGUCACUGAUGCGCAAAAUGUGGAGCAGUGGCGCAUAGUAUUUUACAUUGCCAGUGGCAUGUACUUUGUGGGCAAUUUAUUGUUCAUCUUGUUUGGCGAGACGAAAAUCCAGGCCUGGAACUAUCCUAAAACGAAUGGCCUGCAGCGGAAUGAGCGGGAUCAAAUAUGAUUGGAAACUUGGCAUAGCGAAGACGUAACAAGCUUGGCAAUUUUAACAGAUUAACGCUAUCGUAUUUAAAAUUCUUUUCUAGAUAAUACUAUAAUUGUAAUUGUGAGUGUUGAAUCGCUCUUAUAGCGAUAUUCAGAAAAGGUUUAAACAAUUCAAAAAAAAAAAAAACAAAAAAGAAUCAACUUAAGCUAACACUUAGAAUAAAGUAUGUUAAUUAACUGUUAAUGCCCAUAUUAUCACAUUCUUGUCGACGAUAAAAAUUAUAGUUUUGUAUAAUGCUGUUUAAUGUUUUUGUCAUAACUGAGUAUUUUCACAGCAGACGUGAACGCAUUAUCUCGAGCUAGAGCUAAAACUCUAUAAUAGUCUUAUCAAUAAGUCACUUUAGACUAGUAAAAGUGUUACCACUUAAGUUGGACUAGAUUACUUAUGUGUUAUUAAAGCGGAAAAAUGUGCGAUAUUAACUAUUUACAAUUUCAAUAUAAUAAUGCAUAUCUUUAACAAGUCUUGUAUAUACAGGAACAUCA